GAGAAAGAACGAAGAAUUUUGUCUCCUCUUUUAUUACGAAUGUUCAAAAUAGUGCUACGUUUUUGUCCUCAGUUUUUUACCCCUAUAAAUGAGCGAUUGAGUGUGAAUCUUCUUCACCAAAGUUACUUUUCAGUUCGGUACUGUGAGGUCGGAGCAUCGAGGUUUCACAGUGAAAGAAAUGUCCGGUGUCGAUGAUGUCGCCCACGAUAUUCAAUCUGUCCUCUCUUCUUCAGAGAGGGACUAUCUCCUUCGGAACAACGGCGAUCAAGUUAAAAUUGAGAGCUUGAAAGGGAAGAAAGUUGGCUUAUAUUUUUCAGCAUCUUGGUGCGGUCCCUGCAAACAAUUCACCCCUACAUUGGUGGAAUUGUACAAUGAAGUCUCUCAUAAAGGUGAUUUUGAGAUAAUUUUUGUGUCGGCUGACCGAGAUGAAGAUGCCUUCAAAGGUUACUUUUCCAAGAUGCCAUGGCUUGCCAUCCCAUUUUCUGAUUCUGGCACACGUAGCUGCCUCGAUGAAUUGUUCCGGGUUAAGGGGAUUCCUUACCUUGUAAUCCUCGAUGAGAAUGGGAAAGUAGCCACUGAAGAUGGAACUGCGGUUGUACUUGAGUAUGGAGCUGAAGCAUACCCUUUCACACCAGAAAGGAUCAAAGAUUUGAAAGACCAAGAAGAGGAAGCCAAGAGGAACCAGUCCUUGAGAUCUCUCCUGGUCUUCAAGUCACGCGACUUCGUUAUAUCUUCUGAUGGAAAGCAAGUUCCCGUGUCUGAACUUGAGGGGAAGACGGUGGGUCUGUAUUUCUCAUCUUUUUCGCGCGGAGCAUCUGCUGAGUUUACCCAAAAGCUUGUGGAGGUUUAUGGGAAGCUGAAAGAAAAGAGUGAGGACUUUGAGAUUGUGUUGAUAUCCAUUCGUGAUGAUGAAGCAUCGUUCAAGCAAGGACUGAAAAAUGUGCCCUGGUUGGCAUUGCCGUACAAGGACAAGAGCUGUGAGAAGCUAGCUCGCUACUUUGAGCUGUCGGCUUUACCCGCUUUGGUUAUUAUUGGUCCGGAUGGAAAAACCCUUCAUUCCAACGUGGUUGAAGCCAUUGAAGAGCAUGGUGUUACUGCAUACCCUUUUACUCCUGAGAAGUUUUCAGAGCUCGCUGAGAUAGAGAAGGCCAAAGAGGAAACGCAGACCCUCGAGUCCAUUCUUGUUUCUGGGGAUCUAGAUUUUGUCUUGGGGAAAGAUGGAGUCAAGGUUCCAGUGUCAGAUUUAGUGGGGAAGACAGUCCUCUUGUACUUCUCAGCUCACUGGUGUCCGCCAUGCCGUGCAUUUCUUCCAAAGCUUAUGGAAGCAUAUCACAAGAUCAAGGCCAAGGACAAUGCACUUGAAGUUGUCUUCAUCUCUAGUGACAGUGACGAAGCCUCGUUCAAUGACUUCUUUGCUGGAAUGCCAUGGCUGGCUCUUCCCUUCGGUGACUCGAGGAAGUCAUUCCUGAGUCGCAAAUUCAAGGUGUCAGGCAUCCCAAUGCUGGUGGCCAUCGGACCCAGUGGCCGGACCGUCACGAAAGAGGCGAGAGAUCUCGUCAAGCUCCAUGGCGCUGGAGCUUAUCCUUUCACCGAGGAAAGGGUGAAGGAACUUGAGGCAGCGUCUGAAGAGAUGGCAAAGGGGUGGCCUGAGAAGGUGACGCACAAGUCUCAUGAUCAUGAGCUUGUGUUGACUCGCAGGAGGAUUUAUUACUGUGAUGGUUGUGGCGAGGAGGGUCACUCAUGGUCAUUCUACUGUGACCAAUGUGACUUCGAUCUCCAUCCAAAAUGUGCUCUGGAGGAAGAGAAGCCUGAAGAAGUUACCAAUGAAGAAGAAGAAGAGAGUAAAAAAGAUGAGUGGGUUUGUGAUGGAGAAGUCUGUUCAAAAGCCUGAAGAAGAGUGAAAGUGCGAUGACUGUUUGUUGCAUCGAAGUUGUCUGAAGACUUCUUGUUGUGCGUAUUUCAAAACUUUUAUAAUAAUAAUAAUAAUAUGCUUGUUGUUCCAAAAAAUUACUAUUUUAGCGGGAGAUAAAAAUAUGGUCUGGCACAAGUCAAAGCCUAAAGGAAAAGAGGUAUUACAAAAUAGAGGUCAUGCUUUGCUUUAAUCUCUUGCGGGGAAGAAGUUGACUUGCGUUUCUCUAUUACGAAAAAAAAAAAAAAACUUGUCUUGCAUGCUUGUCCUCUUUCCACGUUAUGGUGUUGUGGAAACUUGCUAGACUUUAUUUUAUAUUACACAAUGAAGAAAAAUCCAACACGCAGUAUGUAUGCACUGUAA